GGUACGUCAGGAAGCGCAUCAGAUGGCGACUGAAGGGGCCUGCGGCUGCUGUCCGGAGCGGCAGUUGGGGAUGGAGGCCGUGAGUCUCGCGAGAGGAAGUGGCGAAGGGGUCCCCGCUGCGACGGCGAGGUUUGGGCUGCGGUGAGGAGGCUGCGCCGGAGGUCUGAGGCAAUUCGCCGGCUGCAGAAAUUGUUGAAUUCUUCACUGGGGAACAAAAUAAACGAUGGAUGGUCCUAUCAGAGUCCAAAGCUGUCAAAGGAAGGCUAGAAUACCAAUGAAAAAGGGUUUUAGUGAAUAUGCACUGCCUCCCAUGAGGGCUUUGCUGCAAAGUCAGAAAAAAUUAUGCAUAGUUUCAGCAGAAGAGUUAAAGGAAGAACAAGACAAUUUCAAUGAGGUCACAUUUCUGUGUAUUGCUGAUCAAUCAUCUGUUGCUCCUAAGGAAGUGGUGGCCAUGCCAGUUGAACUCCCAGAUCUUUUAAGAUCACUCCACUUGUGCAGUUUACAUGAAAAUGAAAUUAUUUUUCUAAAGGAUAUUCAUAAACGAUUGGACACAAAUGAUGUUCCUAAACAAAAGAAAUACUCUUCGCGAAUACUGUGUGUGAUGAGAUUGUCCCCUUCAUUUCCAAAGCUCAAAGUUGAUUCUAUAUUUACAUUGCUAAACAAAUAUGCUGCGGGCAUACGAUGUACUGUGGAAAUGUAUUCAUUGCAGAGGAAUCUGUCAGGCUUAACCCGAACAGAGGAUGAUGAUACUAAUCAGUCUGUGUCAUCGAUUGAGGAUGAUUUUGUGACUGCUCUGGAGCAUUUAGAUGAAGAUGAGGCAACAAAGAUGGCAAAAUCUGGCUGUGUGACACCUGAAAACCAUCAAGAUGCUAUUUCCCAAACCAUGUUGGAUCCUAAUUUAGAAUCUGUUGAUCAAAAGAUAAUUGUUAAUCCCCUGUAUCGGAAGCCAUCUGCGAAGUCAUCAUCUUCCUUAUUUAACAUCUUGGAACAUAAAGAAAUAUCUACUUCUGUUAGGAAUUCAGUUACGACUUCAGUUUCUGAUCCUUGGAUACAGAAAAGUUUCUUCAGAUCACAUAAUUCAGACCACAGUAUUAAUCUUCUACAUAAAUCAUUAUUUUCUUCCUCUCCUGCUGAAUCAUCAGAAUCAGAUUGUUCUAGUCCAAGCCCUGUUAUUUUCUUAGAUGAAGAAGGCUAUCAGAAAAGCUUGAAGGCAAAGCUUCAGCUCCCCAAAUUACCGGUAAUGAAAGAUGGUAUAGAAGAUUCAGAUUCUGAAGUAAGUGAAUUUUUUGAUAGUUUUGAUCAAUUUGAUGAACACGAACAAAUUCUGGAAAACGGUUGUAAAAUUGCUCAGGAUCCUGUCCUAGGUAAUCCAUCCCAAAAGAAAACAGUUUCAUGUAAAAAGCCAUGUUCUACAACAACUGCAAUGAAUCCUCAAAAAUUCAAGUCUGACCGUCCUACGCUUCCAGCCAAUGUAAGGAAACCAACGCCUCGCAAACCAGAAUCACCAUACAGCAGCCUCUCGGAUGUUCCUGAUUCUCCCCGUCCCGUGAAAACACCAGGAGAGGAGAGCGGGUGCUUGUUCAGCCCCAUCAGAUCAUCAGCUUUCAGUCCUCUGGGCAGUUGCAUUUCAACAGAGUGCCUUUGUCGAACUGGCAUCAGCAGGGAUGCCAUGAACCAAAAUAAUAAUUUAGUUUAUCGCACAUACUCAGAUUUUGCAAAUAACAUUUCCUUUGAAAUUCUAGGCUCGGUUUUUAAUUCUAGGUCUCCAUCGUGGCAUAGAUGCAUGCAAGAAGUUUCCAACAGAAAUACUUUUGUCUUAGAAGAAGAUAAAGCUCAGACUGCAAAAGCCAAAGGGUACCUCAGUGGAAAAGGACACAAUAAGAAAGGUAAAUCUAAAUGCAAGUCACUGGUAAUUAAAGACCACAUACAGAAAUUUGCAUCAGAGCUGGUUGAAAUGAGUUUUGGCAAUGCUUUUAAAGAUCUCCAGAAAGGUGUGUCUUCUUGUACAAAUGCUCUCUGUCACUUGGCUGCUAAAUUGACAUCUUCGGUGUUUCAGAUGGCCUUUUAUGAAAUUGGGAGGCAGCAAGCCUUUGCACUGAAGAAGAAAGCUAUUAAUGGGCUAGCAGGCCUUUUGGUGAGUGAAGCAGUGACAGGUGCUUUAAAAGAACUACAGUCUGUAAAGCGACAAAUAUUUACCAAUACCGUUGCAAAGUUUGCAGCAGACCUUGCUGAAGAGCUGAUUUUUGAGGGGAUCAUGGAAGUGUGUCAGUUUUCUUACCCAUCAACUCCAACAACUCAAAACCAGUCCUUUCACUAUAAUGAUCAAAUCGUACAGUCAUAUGCCAAAGACUUGUCUGAGUCAGUUAUUCAGGAAGCUUUUAUUGAGUUAUCCCAGGUUGAUGUAACAUUUACAACACAAACAGCAAUUAGUAUUUCAAUGGACAAUGUUAAGUAUAUAAGUGCAGAAGACAUUUUGGAGUCAACACAAAUCUCCAAUGCUUCCUUGGAGAUCCAUGAUAAAUUACCAGUAACUUUGAAUACAGUGCAGGAAUUUGGAAAGGAUUAUACUGUCCAUAAAGCCUUGUUCUACACCUCUGGCUUUGCAAGUUCAAUCCCAGUGCCUUUAGCUGGAAGCAUACUUUGCAAAAAUCAGAUUUUGUCAUCUGAUGCAAAGUUGGGGAACUAUUCACCCUUAAAUGGCCAAAAGAAAAUGCACAAAGACUCUCCAGAACUGUUUUGUAGAGCCAAAAAGAAAGGUGAAGUUACAUCACUUAGAAAUACAUACGUAAUAACAGAUAUCACUACGGAUAAAGAAAGUAACAGCCACAUUUUACAUAAACCAAGUGACUUUAAACAAACAAAUAAUCCUAAAAUAAAUAACAUUUCAGAUGUAACUGGUAUGCCAAGUAUCAGUAAUUUUUCUGGAAAAAUGGUAGAUAUGAUAGUAACUGAGGCAUACGAAACAGUGACUUCUUCCAAGGUUUCUAAUUCUUCCCAUCAAUAUACAGAUAUGUUAAAAAUGGAGAAAAUGCCAUAUUUGCAGUGCAUUGGUGAAGAUACCUGUAAGAAUAUGUUUGCUAAUUAUUUAUCCAAGCGAAUAGUAAAACAGUCUGUAGAUGAAACUAAAUCUACAUGUUCUGCAACAGGUGAGAAAUUAGCAUACUGUGUGGGGUUGGGAACUAAUACAAAAAACAAUAGGAAAGAGUUACCCACUCCAGCAAAGCAAUCUGAAAGAAACAAAGGUAUCCCAGUCAUUGUAGGGCAACAGCAAAUGCCCCUAAAUAGCUCAUCUACGUUUUAUGGAACUCCAGUGUAUUCGAAUAGGUGUUUACUUUCUGGUUUGAAAGACUGUGUACAAGAAAAAAAGAGACACGAAGCUUGUAGGGCUUCUGCAAGCAAUUCCCUUCUUUCUUCUACAGUGGCUUUUGUAAAGCCUAUUGAAGAGUUUCCAGACCCAGAAGGAUCAGCAAAAUCCUUAAGUUUCCCACAGGAAAAACACAGCUUGUGCAAAGCAACAGUUGGUUCUGAGAGAACGUUUCUCAGCACAAACACCAGUAGUUCUGUGUCACCCAACUGUGAAGAUGGGCUUCAAAUGGAAGAUAAGCUGAGCAUCAGAGAUGGAAAUCUUUGUGUAGUACCAGACACGCCACCACCAACCCCCCUAAUACCCUCACAAGUUAAUUCUGAGUGCAAUUUGAGAAAAUUAACAAAGAAACUGAAAGGUGAAUUAGCAAAAGAGUUUGCACCUGCAACACCGCCUUCUACACCGUACAGAUCGGAAACAGAUGGAAUAUAUGAAAAUGACUGUCAUAAGCUAGAAAAAGAAGAAUUUAUGUUGAAACUGAUGCGGUCUCUCUCUGAGGAAGUUGAAAGCAGUGAAGAUGAAGAGCUCUCAGAAACGCUGACAGAGAAAUUUAAAACAUCGAUAAGAACUACAGAAUAUGCCGAUUGUCUAGCUUCUCAAAUAAUUUCUAUGGCAACUGAAAUGGCUGCUUCACAUAUAGAUGAUAAAGCUUUUCCGGUGAAAAAUAAUAAAUGCUAUCAAGUAAACAUGGAAUACAAAGGUUGUGGAUAUACUGCAUUUAUGAAUGUUCCUGAAAGAAACUUACUCUCAGCCAGGGUUUAUGCUGGUGACAUGGCUGGAAAGGUUAUUAGUGAAGCUAAGAAAAUGGUGAAAUCUAGACAUCGCAAACUUUUGAGGCUGAAGCAAGCUAAUCAUAAGGCUGAUACCUCCCAUCUUAAAAGACACUGUCAUGACUGUUGGUCAAAAGACUCACGGUUUCCCAUGGGGGAUCAGUGUGUGAAGGAAAGUGACUCCUUUGUUUUGUCUUUACCAGAAAAUUCAGAAACUCCGGGCCUUACUUCCAAAUACCCAAGUUGUGAAAGUGUAACUGAUGAAUAUGCAGAUCAUAUUAUUCGUAUUCUGAAAAGAGAAGGUGGUAAUAAUGAACUAAUAAUGGACCAGUUUGCCAGUAGAAUUGUGUAUAGAGCUAUAAAAUCUGGUAUGCAGCAAGCAGCCAGGAAGCUCCAAAUGAAGUAUAAUAGAAAGAUAUCUUCUGCCCCAAGCACCGAAUUAAACAAUAAGCUUGAACCGUUUGAGGUAGUAAACAAAGGCGUGGAUAUAAAGAAACAUAAAAAAAGUAAUAAUCAUCCAUCUGGAAAGCAAAUGUGUGGAAACAAAUGCCACACCUGUAGAACUGAAAACAAAAAGUUAAUAGAUUUCUCUGAAUCCCUUGCAUAUAAUAUAACAACUGAUGUCAGAAGAAAAUUAAUGACAGCAGCUUGCCUACCAAAAUCCUUAACUGAUUCUUGUUUAUAUGAAAAGUCUAAAGUCGAUGAAGUUCCUGAUAUACCAGCAGCAUUUUCUAGAACAUCUUCUCCACUUUGUUACAAAGAAAAGCUUUAUCAUAGCACAGGAUGUUUGAAUGAACAUUCCUACAGAGAUGGUGUAAUUAAUGCCAUAGAACAAUAUGCAAGAAAAGUAGUAAAUGAUGCUUUAACCAUAGAAUCGUCUACUCUGCCAACUUCUGAAAAUUGGACAAAUGGAGAAAGAUCAACACAUGCAGAAAAGAUUUCUCCAUUUUCUGCAACAGCUUGUAGAUACUGCAGUAUGAAAGAGCAUCAGUACUCAACUGGAAACAUGUAUUUGGAGCUUACUGGACAAGAAUACUCAAAAAUUCAACAGAUCUCAAAUACAAGUGAUAUUUGCCCAAAAUCUCGUGUUCUUCACUUGGAUAUUCCAAGAAUCCAUAUUGACAUGGAUGAGAGGGUUAUGUUUGCUGAUAAUGUGGUGGCUACAGCUUUUGACACAGCAGGAAGACAACUAAGUAACACAAGUUUGACGGCUGAUAGUGGAAUUGGACAUGACGGAAUGAGCUUUGCUGAAAGCCUUACUACAGAAAUCAUGACUUCCUGUAUGACAAACAUUGCUCCAGCUCUUAACAUAAGCUCCAUGGGAAAAGAUGGGUUUUAUUCUGCUGACUCCAUAGCCAGCCAGCAGAUGAGUCUGUGCACUGGUGAUGACAGCACUGGUAGCUGGUCCAAUAUAAGUUUUGAAGAUGACCAUCCAGAUGAAAAUAGUAGCUUUCUACACCUUAGUGACAGUAAUGGUAACAGCAGUAGCUGGAGCAGUCUUGGUUUAGAAGGAGAUAUAUAUGAGGAGAAUUUAUCCUUUCCAACAUCAGACAGUGAUGGAACAGAAGACAAAGAAGAAGAGCUUAAGGAUAACAUUGACGGUAAUACUGCAUCUAUUCAUUAUUCUGGAACUGAUUUAGUAGACUUAGGAAGCACAGAAAAGGCAUUGGUAAUCGUAAACGUUGAUGUAGGACCACAUGUAGUGGAUUCCCAGCUGAGAAUGAUACUGCAGUGGCUGAGUGCUUCAGAAAUAGAGGUCACUGAGCUUCAUUUCUAUGAUGAUGUUCCAGAGGACUUUAUUCUUGUUUCAAAGAAAUUGCGAGAAAAAGGCUGGAAAGUGGGAGACCUCUUUCAAGCUGUGCUGAAGUACUGUGACAUGAUGGAGAAGGUGGCUGUUGAUAGCGAGAGAGGUCUGGAAAGUAAGACUUUCUUGGGAUGGCUUCAGGAAAACAUCUGAAUACCCAAAGAUGCACUGUUUCUUCACUUCAUGCUUCCUUUGGAAAGAUGGAAAUGUGUACCACACACUUUAACUAACAAAUAUAGCAUUGUUUGCAUUGUAAGAAACUUUGGGGUGAAAGUAAAUGUAGCUGUACUGUCACGUGCUUUGUGCUGCUCGCUAUGCUUUUUAUCCAGUACAUAUCUUCAUAAUGAUUAUCUCUAUUCAGUCCGGUCAAGUUCACUUGUACCUGUGCUGUGUUCAGCUUGUUGUAGUGGUGGGGAGAACAAACUUGUCUUUUGUGUGUAGUAAUGAUAGUCUCAAGCCAAGCUAGGACAAAAGUUACACAAUCUCGGUCUUUCUCUUCCUAACGCUACGCGCACACACGCCUUUUCUUCUCUCAGCAAUCUGUAAGAAGUGUUCAAUGAACACUGCUGAUUUGCCACUUCUGUUUUCCCUACAAUGGAACAUAAGGCAUGGUUUGUCAUUUUUCCUCAGCUUAAAAUGAGCUUACAGGUGGUGUGGGUGUUGGUUUUGCAGAGGAGAGUUGCUCUCUUCCAAGUAUGGCCCAAAAUUGUUCAUACCAGUAAGAGAAUUAAAACUUUUUAUUUACUGGGAAAACUUGUUGAAAGACCAACUUUCUUUAUCAGUUAGAAGUGAGAACUUAAAUAACUUAUUUUUAAAAGGGAAUAAUUAAAAUAAACUUGUAUGCUAGAUGUAUAUUCUACAGAGCUCCAAUAUAUUGAAAAUAUAUUUAUUUUGAUACUCUUUGUGGUAUUCUCGCAAGAGCCUUUUUCUUGUUAUCAAAGGACCCAAUUUUGGUUCAGAGAUAUACACAACAUGUGUAUCUCUUUGCACAAACAUGCAAAGAAAAAAAUAGUAUUUAGUUAUUUUUUUUCUUUAAAUGCCUUCUUUUGUCCAGUGGAACAAAAAUUAAUAGCCCAUUUUUGUGCUUGAUUAUUUGGUGUCAGGAAGCAUAUUUAAUUUGUUAAAGUAUUAUUUCAGGACCAAUGUUGAAUCUUCUUUUUUAUUAUUUGAGAACUUUUCUAUAAAGAGCAAAUUCCCUAAAGCAGCAGGUUAGUAUGGAACAUUAGUAUGGAACACAGCAUUGCACAAGUAUUUUAAUAAACUCAUUUUUAAAUCAUAGAUUUUAAAAUAGGUUCCUAUGCAGUUUGAUUUGAGUCAGUGCAAUCUAAUUUCCAGCUGUGCAUGGUAGAAAUGGUGAGAGUUCUUUGUACUUGGGCUUCAGUCAGUGUCAGUGCUUAAUUCUUGGAGCAAUAGUGGCCUCACUUUUCUUGGAGCAAUAGGGCAGCACUUAUUGUUGACAUUGUAGUCUGAUAAACAUAGAAACAACUUCUGUUAAUUUUCUCCCAACAGCGAUAAAAGUGCUGAAAUCACCUGACAGCCAAAUGCUAGUGGCUGCCGCUUCUCCUGUAAUUCCAACUCAGUGUAGGUCACAUCUUUUCAAGAACAGUUUUUCAUAAAACAUCUUGAUGGUAGUUUGCAAGGUGUGUUUUGUGACCACUUUAUUUGCUUUAAAUUUGAGCCGCCUUUGUACAUUCCUGUUAAAACUGAAGCCACAUUGUAGACAGUUAACUUAAGUUUUAAUGUUUAGAUAUGACAAUGUCAGACUUCAUAAAUGGGCAAAUUAGAUAACAAACCACUACUUUUAAGCUAAUUUGGUUGAGAAGGAGUUCCUCUAAAAUUUGACAUUUUGGACUGAGAUAUCAAAUAGCCAGUGAUAAAAUUAUUGGUGUACAUUUUUACAUCUUGAGGCCUUAAUUUGACAUCUAGAACAAGGGUGUGUACUCUUUUACUCUUUUAACUCUCUGGCCUGCUUGCGUCCCCAUUGGAUUUGUACUCUGCAGUUAGAUGCCUUUGCAGGAGGUGUGGCAGCUAUAGGAAUGGUAAUGGAUGCCCUUCUUAACUACACACUGCAAUGGUGUCCUCUGCAUUGAUUCUGAACCCUUUUCUCUGUGGCAGCAUUGCAGUCUGAGGUGAACUUGAUUGGUUUUGGCAUCUUCUAGUAUGGCUGGUAACUAUAUAAGUAAAAAUUCACCAGGUACAGUUUUUCAAGGCAUAGGUAUGUAUGGUUGGUAAGAUCUGUAUCUUCAGGUUCCGCUGUUGAAUCUUGAUCUUCAGCAAAAGUUGAAGAUACAGAAGAUUUGUGUGGAAAGAAGAGAUAGUGAGGCUACUUGAGAACUGCUAGGGAAGGAGUGAUGAACAGUCCUCACGAUUAAAAUGCCUCCAUUGGCUCUGAAGCCUAAGGAAGCCUAGGUUUAUUAAAUUUGGUGUUUCUGAGAAAGGUUUCAUUCCUACACCAUCUGCAAGCUCAAUUACUGAGGCUGAAGAGGAAGUUAGUUCUUGGUUCUAUUCAUCUCUGGAUAGCAAAUUGAAAAAUAAAUGGUUUAAACAGGCUGCAGUGCACCUUGAUUAACAUUGUUUGAUUGCUUUGUUAUUUCUUUCUUACAUGGCAAGUGCAGAAUGUAGCAUUUAUAUACAUCUUCCAAGUCAUGUAGACACAUGUGUGAAUGGUGGCCAGAUACUAUAAAUAUAGACAUACUGUAUUUAUGCUUCACUGUGCACACAAGAGCCCUUUUCAUUCCGGAAAUGCUAAUAUUGAAAGUCACCCUUAAUAUGACAGUUAUAAAGUUUAAAACAGUUUGAAUAACUAUAGUUCUUUAUAUCUGACUGCAGUCAAUGAAGGCAACAUGAAGCUAUGUGUAAUAUUGAUAUUUUGUUGUUUUUAGAAAUUUGGUGAAACAGUUAAGAGAUGUGAAUUUCAGGUUGCACUAAACUUGUCUUUGCUGUAGGACUAUAUUAAACUAAAUUGUAUAUAAACAAA